AUGGCACUAUUGGCCAUAUGGUCAAGGCAUCCAAAAGUUCCUGACUAUUUCAAUGCUAUUCAGGCUCCAAUGACUCAGUAUGAGUUGGAAAAGAUUGAAAGAUGCAUGCGCAACAGUCGGGUGUUCCGCAGUCUUGGAAUAAAAGAGGCAGCAGAAGUCCUGAAGAAGUCUGGACCAAAGGCCAUUAAUGCAUCAAAGGCCACUAAUGCUGAUCGUGAAAACUCUGGCUCACUGUAUCAGCCCGAAGAUGGUGAAGACGUUGAACAGGGAGUAUUGGAUAAGGAUUUGGAGCCUGAAGUUACCAAAAGUUCAGCACAUAGCGCUUGCAUCUCUGCUGGAGGAUCAAGAACCUCAAAAAGAGUGAUGGCAGUGGCACUUCAGGAGAAAGAUCUACCUCCAAGAAUUACUAGGCAGAGGACAAGGGAAUUGGGCUCAACACCUGAAGAUAGAACACUAGACCCACAAGAUGAUUCCACAACAGAUGGGUUGAUGGCUGCCAAUGCUAAUAUUGAGAUCAAUAACCAGAAUGAGCUGACUACCGAAGGUCCAAGUAUCAUGCGAAGGCACAUAAGCCCACACAUAGGCAGAGAUUUGGAUAAUAUUUCAAGAGUGCUAACUGACAACAUACCAGUGCACAUCGCUGAAGGAAAGCUGCGUCCUGAAGUGCCUUUGCAAGCUGCAAAACUAGCAUCAGAGGCUGGUAUUAUUCUACGCAACCAUGUCCCAAUUUUUACCCACUGGAAGCAUUAUAAGGACAAAGAUGCCACAGCUAUUGUUAAGGACUUCAACGACAGAGUCAGCAGUCAAUUCACCAUUGAUAUGAAUGCUGAUCCGGUGAAAGAGGCAUUUUCUGAUUUGCUCAAAAAAGGACAAAGGCAGAUGAGAUAUAGGCUGAAGAAGAAAUACUUCGAUGGUAUACCCGCAAAUCAAGUUAGAACUACUUCACCGCUGACCACAAUGACUGACUCGGAGUGGAUGGAACUUGUGAGCAUGUGGUCUACCCCAAAGCACAAGGAAAAAUGUGUUAAAGCCAAAGAUGCUCGUGAGCAAGUUCAGUACCACCAGAUGACAGGUUCUCGGAGCUAUGUUGCUCAAUGCUAUAUCAUGAAGAAAACAAAAUUUAAGGAUGUAAUACCAAGUGCGAUUGAUAUUUUCAAGGACACGCACUGCAGCAGCAAGUCAGGUUUUCAAGAGAACUCGAAGGAUGCCAUUGCUGAAAUGGAGGAGUAUCUUGCUCAACCAAGUGAAGAUGGGCAAGAUCCAAAGACACCGCUUCAAGCUGUAGCUCAUGUUCUGCCCAAGUCAUCUUUUCUCCGCAAUAUUGGCAUGGAGCCCACACAGAUGAAGAAAAAUGCCAAAGCUAUUGCGAUGAGCAAGCGUGUGCAAGAACUUGAGGGGGAAUUGCAAGCUGAGAAGAAAGGAUCUGAGGGGCUGCGAUCACAGGUGGCUGAUCUGGAGAAGAAAGUAGAGGACCAGAAUGAGGCCGCAAGGAAGACUGGAGAAGAAACCGAGAAGCUAAAACAACAAGGAAAUGAAAUCCAAUCCUUCCUUCGCUCUUUGUUUGGCAGCAGAUUUUCAUCAACUGAUGCUAACCAGUAA